ACUUGCCAGUGGUGACAUCUGCCAUCCGUAUCAGGGCGAUGCUUUUUGGAAGCUACCAAAACCAAAAUUAUUCAAGAUGGAGGACGCCGAAGUCGAAGUUCUUGGAGAUAAUGGAGCUUAUUAUAAGGCUCGAGUGACUGACAUUUUUGACGAGGAAGUGAAAGUCAGUUUUGAGGAUGACUGGCAACCAGAGUCCAAGUUCCCUUUCUCUCAAGUCCGCCUGCCUCCUCCUCCCCGGCAAGAAGGUGCUAUUCGACCUGAGUUUUCCGAAGGCCAGGAGGCCGAGGUCUUUUCGUGUUCGCAGACUGGAGAGGCGUGCGGCUGGUGGAAGGUCAUCAUUAAGAUGGUCAAGGGUGGCUUCAUUGUGGUCGAGUACGUCGGCUGGGGCGAGAGCGCUUAUACUGAAAUUGUUAACGAGGAAGAUCUACGACCUAGGAACGCCAACAGCCCUAUUGAUGCACACACCUUCUUCAAAUUUGAAAUCCCUGUUCCUGAAGAGCUGCGAGAAGAUGCCAAGAUGGAGAGUGCUCACUCAGAAUUCCUCAAGGUGAUCAAGGCCUCCUCUGUCAAAUUCAUCCCGGAAGCAGGGGUACUCAGGGUUAUUACAAGGAACGAAGCAAGUCAGCGGCUAAGCUCAAUGGUCCAGGAGAUGCAUUUCCGUAACCUAUCACAACGUGUGCUGUUGUUGCGGCGCAUGGAAGAAAGCGCCCGUCAAUUAGCGUCGACCAAGCAGCACGAGAAGGCGACAAAAAUGUUUGAUUCUAGGUUCACAGAGGAAUUUAGUGUGAGAGAAGAUCUCAUGGGAUUGGCCAUAGGAGCUCACGGUGUGAAUAUUCAGCAAGCUAGAAAGUUACCUGGUAUUACCAACAUAGAAUUAGAAGAAAACACAUGUACAUUUAGGAUUUGUGGUGAAAAUAGGGAAUGUGUGCGAAAGGCUCGGAAUAUGCUCGAGUACGGUGAGGAGAGUAUCAAAGUGCCAAGGCUGCUGGUGGGCAAGGUCAUUGGCAAAAGUGGGCGCAUCAUUCAGGAAAUUGUUGACAAGAGUGGUGUGGUGCGUGUGAAAAUUGAAGGAGACAACGAGCCGCAGCCUAGCCAGCCACGGGAGGAGGGUCAGGUGCCAUUUGUAUUUGUUGGAACUGUUGAGAGCAUCGCCAAUGCCAAGGUUCUACUUGAGUAUCACCUGUCACACCUGAAAGAACUUGAGAAACUGAGGCAAGAGAAGUUGAACAUUGAUCAGCAGCUCAACUGCCUACAGCUCUAUCCACAGAACCGAAGUUUUCGCAGGGGCUUUGAACAAGACAGAUCUGAUGACAGGAGUUUAAGAGGCGGAUUCUCUGGCAAUAUCAUGGGCCGUGGUGGUCGAGGUAGGGGCAUGCGGGGCGGCCGAGGCAACCCCCCUCCACUCAGAGACGGUCGGACCCCAGGAGGACCCUCCAAAAGCCACAUCAACGAACACCCUACAGCGAAAGUCUUCUACUGCUUCUCAGACAACCGCGAGCACUACUCGGACCGAGGCCGGCGCGGCAUGCGUGACCGAAGACAGCGAGUUAACGAUGAGGAGGAAUCGGUGCUAGACCAGAAGCAGCCUCCAAGUGGCGGCGCCACCAGCGGCCCUGUGGCCGAAGGUGCCAAGCUGGUCGAUUCAGCCAGUCUGGAUGGCGCCAAGGCAAGGCCGCCGCGCCAGAGUGGAAGCGGCCGAGGCAAGCGAGGUGGCCCCCAGCGCGGCCGUGGUGACCCAAGAAGGGGUGGCCUGGUCCCCAGCGGCGGCCCUGUGGGAUUGGAUAAGCCGAGCGGCUCAACCGAGUCGAGUAAUUGGGCCGAUGCAGUUCCAGAUGCUGGCCGGGUUGACAGUUGGGAUUCUGGCAGCCAGCCGGCAGCCAGCAACAACUUUGUUGCCGCCAACGCCCCCCAGCCUUCCAACAAAGGACCCAAGCCUGCACCUCCCAAAACUCAGAGACCAACGCGAGGGAAAGUCCCGGCUAAAGCAGCUUCUCCCGUAUCUGGAGGCAGCCAGGGUAAUGUACAAGAAGUUGGCCCUCAGCAGAAAGCACCCUCAUCACCAUCCCUCACGAAUGGCAGCUCUUAAUGUAAAUUAAUUCCUCUUCCUUUGCGUGGUUAGCAAGCCAGAGUGGCCAGAGAGUAAAAGGGAGAAGCCAUGCAUUCUCGUACAGUUACAUACUUACAUUGGUUGCGAUUUCGAGGUGUAAUUAAAAACCAGAACUUGCCAAUGUCCAUAGUGCAGCUCUGUACCUUUGAGUGUUGUCCUUAUUUUGUGCACUAAAUUUGUGAUACGAUCCUCAAUAGCUUCUUGGUAUUCAGUUGGUUGGUCAAAUGGUCACACACACACACCGCCCAGUCUAUUUUAAUUCCCUUUUUGUCUCUCUUCGUUCUAGGCAUUUUUCUCUUAUCUACUGCGCGCGCUCCAACACAGCUUACGAGAAACUAAAAAAAAAUAUAAGAAAACUAGCAAAAUAUUUUACAUCUUUGGUGGUUAUCAGUCCUGUAAGUCGUUGAGGACCCAAAUGUUUGUGUUCCGAGAGCGAAUGUGCAUUUGUUUAAAAAUGGCAAUUACGAAGCGCGAAUGCGAAUCACGUUCAAAUGCCGCCCCCUGAUGUUCCCUAAAUACUCUCUAUCUAUCUGUUCAAUUGGCGAAUGUAUCGAAAAAAUUUGGGUCCUUCACCGAGGUAAUAAAAUGUGCAAGCUGGUACGACCAUUAUUCAUUGUAAAUAUACUUUCUAAGUUAUAUGAGUCCUAAACUGCUUGAACAAUUGCAGAUGUCCAAUCAAACUUUUCUCCUUUUUGUAAAAAGCAAAAUUUAUUCUGGUUUGAAAAGAAUGAAAGAAUCCCCUAUCUAUUGUCUCCGCCAAGUAUUAUAUAUCAUUUCAUUUUGCUGCGCCCAUGGACAGGCCAGAAAUUCUUGAAAGAAGAUCAUUAAUUUUUUAAUUGAUGGGAAGAGUGCUUCAUCGCCAACCAUUCUCAAAGUGUAAACCUCUAUUGUUAAGUUUUCAAUCGCGGACACACACAUUGCUCCUUACUACUUAAGCUAACUAUUUUGUAUUUAAUCGGCCCCGAAGCGAUAAAUUCAAUGAUGCAAGAUUGUGCCUUUCUUGCCAUGGGUGCAGCUUGUAAAAAAAAAUAUGUCAUCGAUUGAUUACCAUUAUUUUGAAACGAACUACUGAUCAAAAAAACAAAAACAACCUAAUAAGAAUCAAGGAAAGAACUUUCAUACUCCCCAAUUCAUGGUGUGAAAAUUUUCAUUUUUUGUUUACAUUACCUGCAGAAUUGUUUAUCUCUGCUUUCAUCACAUUAAUUAACCGUAAAUAAAAAUAAAGUUGCUGAAUAUUUGAA